GACGGACCGACGAAUCAAACAACAGACCUGCCAGUACAGCUGUUCAGCAGGGUUCUUGCAUUCUGACUAUCUGGUGUAUGUACAGGUGUGUGUGCAGGUGUGCAGAGCACUGUGUGAACAUGAGCUACCUGCUGUUAAUCUCUGGUUCUACGUCACCAGCUCCACGGUAACUUUACCUGAAGACAGUGUCGGUAUCGGAAAUACAGUCCUGCAGUUUCAAACUCAGCAGAGCUGACAUCUGGACAAGCCCCCUCCUGUAAGCCCCGCCCCGUGAUGACAUCAUAAAUCCAUCCAUCAGCAGCAGUUCAGACCGAAAGAGUCAAACUGAGCAGAGAAACUUGAGCUCCACACACAGAGGAGGAGAAGAAGAAGAAGAAAUGGCCGACUCAACCAGUAGCGACUGUUCAUCAUCAUCGUACCACAUCUCCUCCUCCUCCUCUUUGCUCAGAGACCUCACACACUCAGCCUUACAGCUCGUCCACUGGAAGGAACCGAAAAAGACGGCGGCGGCGUUCGGCCUGUCGUUGCUGGUUCUCGUCUCCGUGGCGACGCUGUCCGUCAUCAGUGUGGUGUCCUACCUGUUGCUGACUUGUCUCUGUGUCACCAUCACCUUCAGGGUUUAUAAAUCAGUGAUCCAGGCCGUCCAGAAGUCAGACGAAGGUCAUCCAUUCAGAUCUCUGCUGGAGAGGGACAUCUCUGUGUCCUCGGAGUCUGUCAGGCUGCUCGCCGAUCAGUCUCUGAUCCAUCUGAACUGGUUCAGUAGUCGGACCAGGAGGCUGCUGCUGGUGGAGGACCUGGUUGACUCUCUAAAGCUGGCUGCAGUCAUGUGGAUCCUGACUUAUGUUGGUGCCAUUUUUAAUGGAGUCACCAUCCUGAUCCUUGCUGAUAUCAUUUUCUUCACAACUCCCCUGCUCUACCAGAAGAAAAAGAUGCAGAUUGAUCAUUACAUCAAGUUGAUUCAGUCCAGAGUGGAGGAGACGCUGCACAGGCUGCAGGACAGGUUACCUGGAGCGGUUAAAAAAACCAAAGCUGAGUGACCAUCUGACCGACACACACCUGCACACGCUGUGGUUCCUCACCCUCAUCUGAUUGGUCCAUUUGUCAG